AACACAAAGUUAGUUCUCUAUCACACACUUCAAAAGCCCACAAAGAUAACAACAAAAAAAUGGGAAUAGAGAUGCAGAACCACCAGAGCCACCAGGCGGAAGGCGCCCCGGAGGAAGAGCCGAUGUCGCGGUGGCUGAUAGAUACGCCGGAGCCACCAACCAUAUGCCAAGAGCUUAUUGGGUACGUAAGAACAAAGGUGUUGUCCAAGAAGAGGAACAAAACGAAGAAGAAACCAUCAAACCCGGUUUACUCUUGUCUUAAAUCGGUUUUCCCUAUACUUACUUGGGGAAGACAAUACAAACUCAACAUGUUCAAGAAAGAUUUAAUGGCUGGUCUUACCCUCGCUAGUCUUUGCAUUCCUCAGAGUAUAGGAUAUGCUAAUUUGGCUGGACUUGAUCCAGAGUACGGUCUAUAUACAAGUGUAGUACCACCUCUGAUAUAUUCGACAAUGGGAAGUUCGAGAGAGUUAGCCAUUGGUCCUGUGGCUGUAGUUUCACUUCUGCUCUCGUCACUGAUUCGUGAACUUCAAGAUCCGAUCACGGACCCAAUUGCUUACCGAAAUAUUGUCUUCACGGUCACGUUUUUCGCUGGCAUGUUUCAAGCUAUCUUUGGACUCUUCAGGUUAGGGUUUCUUGUGGAUUUUCUGUCACACGCUGCACUUGUCGGUUUCAUGGCUGGUGCUGCCAUUGUUAUUGGUUUGCAGCAACUCAAAGGUUUAUUUGGUUUAUCUCAUUUUACCAACAAAACCGAUGUAGUUUCGGUUUUAUCUUCGGUUUUCAACUCGCUUCAUCAUCCGUGGCAACCUCUGAACUUUGUCAUCGGUAGCUCAUUCCUUAUCUUCAUCCUCCUAGCGAGAUUUAUCGGGAAAAGAAACAAAAAAUUGUUCUGGAUUCCGGCAAUCGCACCGCUAAUAGCAGUGAUAUUAGCAACACUAAUCGUGUACUUAACCAAUGCGGAGACACGAGGGGUUAAGAUCGUUAAAAACAUUAAACCAGGGUUGAACCGACCUUCGGUUAAUGAAUUACAAUUUAAUAGUCCACAUCUCGGUCAAAUCGCCAAAAUUGGUCUUAUUUCUGCAAUCAUCGCUCUCACGGAAGCAAUAGCAGUGGGGAGAUCUUUUGCGACGAUCAAAGGAUAUCGUCUAGAUGGAAACAAAGAGAUGAUGGCUAUGGGGUUUAGCAACAUCGCUGGCUCUCUAACGUCUUGCUACGUAGCUACCGGAUCAUUUUCGAGGACGGCGGUGAAUUUCAGUGCAGGCUGCGAGACGGUGGUGUCGAACAUUGUAAUGGCGAUUACGGUAAUGAUCUCUCUUGAGGUUUUGACAAGGUUUCUCUACUUUACACCGACGGCGAUUCUCGCCUCCAUCAUUCUCUCGGCGCUUCCUGGCCUUAUCGAUAUCUCCGGCGCUCUUCACAUUUGGAAACUCGAUAAGCUCGAUUUUCUCGUCCUCCUCUCCGCCUUCUUCGGCGUCCUUUUUGUCUCUGUCGAGAUCGGUCUUCUUCUUGCCGUGGGAAUAUCGUUUGCCAGAAUAAUGCUGAGUUCGAUAAGACCAAACAUUGAGGCUUUAGGGAGGUUGUCAAGAACAGAUAUCUUUGGUGACAUAAAUCAGUACCCAAUGGCUAGUAAGACUCAAGGAUUAUUGACUCUUAGAAUCAGCUCUCCUUUGCUAUGCUUUGCCAAUGCCAAUUUUAUUCGAGACCGAAUACUGAAUACAGUUGGAGAAGUAAAAGAAGAGGAUGAUGAACAAGAAGUUAAAGUGGAAACGGUUCUUCAAGUAGUAAUUCUCGACAUGUCUUGCGUGAUGGGCGUAGAUACAUCAGGAAUAGUGGCACUUGAAGAAUUACAUCAAGAACUGGCUUCUAAUAACAUCAGGUUAGUGAUCGCUAGUCCGAGAUGGAGGGUACUUCACAAAUUGAAGCGAUCAACAUUGGAGGAGAAAAUGAAAAAAGAAAAUAUAUUUAUGACAGUAGGAGAAGCUGUAGAGGUUUAUGUAAGAGCAAGUUCUACGUCGCACGAUUUGUGUUGAUAUUUAAAAACAUCGAAAAAACAAACCAAUAUGUAAAAAUUUGUAUUUAACAAAAAAUAAUGUAAGAUUGGUAACGUAUAUGUAUGCUAAUUAAAAUAUAUA